UCAGAAACACAAUGUUUCGACGAUUAUGCUGCCUACACAGCACUCCUACACCCUCUCUCACAUUUUCUUCCAACAAGAAGCCCCUUGUUCUCUUGGGAGCACCUCAGGUCUCAGCUAUUGUCCUCGAUGCCCUCCUCAAUGCUUCUUCUUCCCCUGAUUCUUCAUUCCAGGUUGCAGCUAUUGUUACUCAGCCAGCUGCUAGAAGGGAUAGGGGUAAGAAACUGAUGCCCUCUCCAUUGGCCAGUUAUGCUCUUGAUAGAGGCUUCUCUUCCGAUCUCAUCUUCACUCCUGAACGAGCCGGAGAGGAUGCUUUCUUGUCGAAUUUGAAAGCUUUACAGCCGGAGUUAUGUGUUACCGCCGCGUAUGGGAACAUUUUGCCUACCAAGUUUCUAGAUAUUCCGGCAUUGGGAACUGUCAAUAUUCAUCCUAGCCUGUUGCCACUGUAUCGUGGUGCUGCACCUGUUCAAAGAGCAUUACAGGAUGGUGUUAAAGAAACUGGAGUAUCAUUAGCAUUCACUGUCCGUGAACUGGAUGCUGGACCUAUUAUUGCUAGCGAAACCGUUGAAGUUGAUGAUCAAAUAAAGGCACCCAAUCUGCUUGAGCUCCUCUUUUAUAAAGGUUCCGAACUUCUGAUUAGGGAACUUCCUUCUAUAUUUGAUGGAUCAGCAAGUGUUAAUGCACAACCUCAAGAUCAUUCCAAGGCUACACUGGCUCCAAAGAUAAGCCAAGAUGAGUCGUGGCUAGUCUUUGAUCAAGAAGCAUCGGUUCUACAUAAUAAGGUUCGUGCGUUUUCAGGAUGGCCGGGAACAAGAGCGAAAGUUCAAGUAGUGGAGAAAAAUGGUGAACAGAAAACUUUGGAUAUGAAAAUUAUAACCACCCGAGUUCGCAGUCACGAAAGCAUACCGUCCAAUGAAGCAGAUGACAUUGCAUUUGUCGAGGGGGCAUUGGUGUUUCCAUGUGGAAAGGGCACCAACCUUGAGGUGUUGGAACUUCAACUUCCAGGUAAAAAGGUUGUAACUGCAGCUGCUUUUUGGAAUGGACUGAGGGGCCAGAAGCUAAAGAAAUUAUGAGACAUGGUUUUGUCACACACAAAGUUGUUUAGGAAAAUUGAUUCAUUUUCUUUUAGUCAAAUUAUUUUUUCUUCUUUGUCCAUUUUUGUAUGAUUUAUUAUGUAUAAGAAACUUUCAACAUCUGUGAUUCUCUUUAGGAAGUGAGCUUCUCAACUUAGCAUAAAUUUUUUGUCUGUAAUUUAAAGUAUACACCCUUUAUACCAUGAUGAUGGUCACUU